AUGGCUGAAGUAUCAAAUGAUAAUGCUUUUACAAAUUGGUCAUUGUCCAGUUUACAAAAAAUUAAUGUUCAAGAAUUAUAUACUCGACAACGACAAAGUUUACGCCCAUGGUUUGAAUUUUUUAAUACAACUAAAUUUAAACCACCAGCAAAUGUUCAAACAGCAAUGAGACGAUUUAUUUCGAAUAUUGAACAUUUUCAAACCAAUUAUUUUUUUGUUAUUGUUAUCUUAUCAAUUUAUUGCGUGAUUACAACACCAUCCUUACUUUUUAUUUUAAUAGCAAUGGCUGCUGGAUGUUAUUUAGUUAAUAUAAAAAAUCGAGAGAAACAAAUCGUUAUUAUGGGUCGUCAAAUUCCUUUGACACAACAAUAUAUAGCUGUACUUUGUCUUUGUGUUCCAUUAUUGAUUAUGGUUGGAGCUGGUUCAGCUAUAUUUUGGAUUCUAGGUGCAUCGGUAUUUAUUAUCGCUCUUCAUGCAAUUUUUCAUCAAACACCAAAUCAAGAUGCAUUUGGUUUACAAAUGGAAGAAGUUUAA